AUGGACCUGUUGGGCGACGUUGUUGAGCGGGACACUGGUAGUGGGUCGUCAGAUGACGAGUGUGCUGAAUUUGCGCCUAGAAACAGCAGUGGUUUUCCAGAGUUGUACAAGCCCAAAGAGGUUUCGUCGUGGAAACAGCGUUUGAAGGCGAAAAAGGCCUGUAGGCCGGAGUCCAAGAGGUCGGAAGCUCAGUCUAUCCAUGAGGAGAACAUCAAAAGUUUGCAGAACAUGUCACAGGAGGAAAUUGCGCGGGAAAGAAAAGAGCUGUUAGAGUCUUUGGAUCCAAAGCUCGUUAAGCGUUUGCUCUCCAACAUUAACAGAAGAGCUGCAAAGUCCGGCGGUGGGCCUCUUUUCGCGGAGAUUGAGGGUGCGUCUGGGACAUGGGUUGGCGAAACAGACCGGCUAACGGAACUGCCGGCGUUGGACGAUGAGCAAGUGGCUAAAGCACUUGGAAUUAGCCCUCGAGACGAUGAGUCCCUGGAGCAGGAUAUUCCUGAUGACGAGGAUGUCGCACCGCUCGAUUUCCAAAUCGCACAGUCUAUAGAUCAUAUGGCCAAUGAAGAGCUGCUGAAGGACGUUCAUUUCGUGACUCGCAGGAACAGCGAGGCGGACCAGAAGAUCGCCUUAAAUGACCCAGACUUCGAUCAAAAGCUUCACGAAAAGUUCUUCCCGGAUUUGCCCAGAGACGUCGACAAGUUGCAAUGGAUGCAGCCAGUACCAGACGCGCAGCCUUGUACGGUGAUUGACGAUGUUUCGCAGUGUAGGUUUGAUUUUGACGGUAACCUGGUGCCUCCAACGAGAGAGAUAACGUCCACCACUCAUUCCGCUUUGCACCAUCAUGCGGACGACCCGCACCUUGCUGGUUACACCAUACCGGAACUGCAAAGACUGUCGAGAUCUACGUAUCCGGCGCAAAGAGCGAUAGCAGUGCAGACCCUGGGCCGCAUCUUGUAUAAGCUCGGCCGACAAGCGUACUACCAGCUGGUACCAGAAGUCGAUCUGGAAACCUAUCAACAGGACGGAGGUACACAGAAGGUGACUGAGAAGAUUUACGGCCUUUUUUGGGAUCUUUGCUACGAGUUCAGAAUCAUAGAGUGUCUACAAGAUGCCUCCGACGAGAAGAAGACAAAGCAUCUUUCCACGAGAAAUUACGCCUUAGACGCACUUUGGCUAUGGAAAAGAGGCGGAGGGGACUUCAGGAAAAAUGAAAAAUAA